CUUUUAGGAGCUGAGUGACCAGGCGGGUUCUGAGUUCGAGAACUCUGAUGUCAGAUGGGUCAUCACAGUGCCUGCCAUCUGGAAGCAGCCCGCCAAGCAGUUCAUGAGACAAGCUGCUUACCAGGCCGGCCUGGCCUCCCCUGAGAACUCGGAGCAGCUCAUCAUUGCCCUGGAGCCGGAGGCAGCCUCCAUCUACUGUCGGAAGCUACGUCUGCACCAGAUGAUUGAGCUGAGCGGCAAGGCCACGGUCAAUGGGUACAGCGCCAGUGACACAGUAGGAGCUGGGUUUGCACAGGCUAAGGAACACAUACGGCGUAAUCGGCAGAGUCGGACCUUUUUGGUGGAGAAUGUCAUAGGAGAAAUCUGGUCCGAGCUGGAGGAAGGUGACAAGUAUGUAGUUGUGGACAGUGGAGGUGGCACCGUAGACCUGACGGUGCAUCAGAUACGGUUGCCAGAGGGACACCUGAAGGAACUGUAUAAAGCAACAGGUGGACCCUAUGGAUCUUUAGGGGUAGACUAUGAAUUUGAAAAACUGCUGUGCAAAAUCUUUGGAGAGGAUUUUAUCGAGCAAUUCAAGAUCAAGCGUCCUGCAGCCUGGGUUGACUUAAUGAUUGCCUUUGAGUCUCGAAAAAGGGCAGCUGCCCCAGACCGAACUAACCCUCUAAACAUCACCCUGCCCUUCUCCUUCAUCGACUACUACAAGAAGUUCCGUGGGCACAGCGUGGAGCACGCCUUGAGGAAAAGCAACGUGGACUUUGUGAAGUGGUCCUCACAGGGGAUGCUGAGGAUGAGCCCGGAUGCCAUGAACGCCCUCUUCAAGCCGACCAUCGACAGCAUCAUUGAGCACCUCCGGGACCUGUUCCAGAAGCCCGAGGUGUCCACGGUCAAGUUCCUGUUCCUGGUGGGUGGCUUCGCCGAGGCACCUCUCCUGCAGCAGGCUGUGCAGGCCGCCUUUGGGGAUAAAUGUCGCAUCAUCAUCCCCCAGGACGUGGGCCUCACCAUCCUUAAGGGCGCCGUCCUCUUCGGCCUGGACCCCGCUGUCAUCAAGGUGCGCAGGUCCCCCCUCACCUACGGGGUAGGUGUGCUCAACCGCUACGUGGAGGGCAAGCAUCCACCCGAGAAGCUGCUGGUGAAGGAUGGCACACGCUGGUGCACCGACGUCUUCGACAAGUUCAUCUCGGCUGACCAGUCGGUGGCCCUGGGCGAGCUGGUGAAGCGCAGCUACACCCCGGCUAAGCCCUCCCAGCUCGUCAUCAUCAUCAACAUCUACAGUGCCGAGCACGACGCCGUGAGCUUCAUCACCGACCCCGGCGUGAAGAAGUGUGGCACCCUCCGUCUGGAUCUCACAGGCACCGGGGGCCCAGCCGUGCCUGCCCGCAGGGAGAUCCAAACCCUCAUGCAGUUUGGGGACACGGAGAUCAAGGCCAUGGCCAUCGACGUUGCCACCUCCAAGAGUGUCAAGGUCGGGAUCGAUUUCUUAAAUUAUUAACCGACCCUCCCCCCUGCCACCUGCCAUCUGCCCCCUGCCCCCUUCAGACUCAGUGCACCUGCAUCUGCUGACCUCAGCCUUGGCUAUCCUCCCCUUGCCCCCUGACCUUGACUUUGACCUUUGCCACUGCCCACCUGGAUUUCAUCAGGUAGGAUGAGAAUCACCACCACGGAAGAAACAACAAGGCACUUUUCUGAGGGCACACUGGAGUGAGAAGGAAAAAAAAAAUCACACUGAAAAUGAAGUUUGGAAGACAGAAUUCAAGAAACCUGGAAGAGUGGUGUACCCAGCCCCGGAUUUGGUACGUGUCUGCAGCCAUGAUAGGGCUGUCAAGCAGCAUUUAGGAUGCCCUGUUACCAUCUCAAGAGUUGAAGUGAGAUCUUGGAAGCAGGAGAGUCUUCAUCAAUUCCAGCUUCCCCUGUCUCCCGCCCCCCCCCCACACACACACAUACAUUUCUUUGGGACGGCAGUCAGUCUCAAAUACCAGCCAUCUGCUGUCAAUUUCUUUUCCUCACUGUGUGGGAAUCUGGGAUAGUUUCAGCUGGUGGGAGGAUUGCCUACACUAGGCGCUAUUUUAGGCUCUCGUCAUUUCGAUUCCAGAGAGGUUUAGUGAAGCGAAUCUGUAGCCUUGGCUAACUAGCUCACUGGGGUUUCAGUGGGAGAGUUAAGACCUUAGCAUUUCAGCAGAUUAAUCUCACCCACCUCCACCCCCGUGGAAAUGGGCGUUAGAGGUACUGACACAUUCUAGAUGAGACGCUGACAACAUUCCCAGAAUGCCAGGUCCUGAUGUCUGAUUUCAUAAGUAGUUCUAGUUAAUCUUCCUAGGAAAAUUAACUGGCAGUCUGUCUUGUUCUCAUCACUACACUCAGUGAUCUGGCCUCCCGCCCCCAACCUUAAAAAUCACAUGUAUUUUAAAUUAAGCCUCUCCUACCAGCUCAAGUUCUGCUCCCUAAGACUUUGGGUCAGUUAUCCCCAUAUUUUGAAAGGCCUACAUUGGUGAUGCAUGGGCAGAGAAUCUGUUCUAUGAAAUGUUUCAUGAAAAUCUUGUGUUCAUAAAGCCUGUCCACAGGGGCCGGGUUAAGUGCUCACAUUACAGUGCGCAAAGACCCAGGUUUAACCCCUUGGUCCCCACCUGCAGGGGGAAAGCUUCACGAGUGGUGAAGUAAAGUGCAGGUGUCUCUCUCUCCCCCAUCCCUCUCAAUUUCUCUAUCAAAUAAAUAAAAGCAAAUAAAGCUUGUCCAGAGGAAAUUUGUAGAUCUCUGCUGGAUGAGCUAGGGUCUUUGAGAGCAGAUCAAUGUGUCAAUUGCCUGAGAACUUCUUGGCUCUUGUGAAACAUGGUUUCUUGGCUUUUAUGAACUAAAAUCAAGAAGAGCCAGUUUUGUGGGGAGGCUGAUACAGAGACCAGAAUCUGUCCUUCAGGGCUUCCUUAGGGCCAAAGUUUAUGCGGAAGAGGAAUAGAGAUGAUCUCUUCACACCUUGCUUGCCCUCUUGUGAGUGGAACUGGGGACUCCACAGGGCUGGGAAUGGUGCUUUUAUCCCUCACAAGAAGGACCUGUGGUGGAAAGAGAUCAGAAGACAGACCCUCUAAAAACAGGGCCAACUGAGGACAGGAAAAAAAGAAAGCUGAAUCUGAUUCGCAGCUCUGCUUCUGAUGUAUUCAAAACUGUCUUUUACACCUGCUGGAAUUUGUUCUGAUUAUAAUCACUGCAGGCAUAAUGAAUGAAUAAACAACGAAUGAAUGAAGGGAGGUUGGGCAAACUUCAAACACACUAGAUUCACAAACCGCCAUUGUCAUAGCCAAUCUGCAGAUUUUCACAGUGUUUCCAAUCUCAUUUUUAACAUGUCUUCCUUUUCACAUCACCUGCUGCAGGAAUUCCUUGCUGUAAAGUCAAAGACCAGUCCCAUGAGAGAGAAUUGCAGGAUUUCAAAUCCCAGUUGCUAGGGUUCUCUUACUGCCUACUCUGCUUCAGAAGCUAAAUGUCCUGGGUCUUCCUUUUGGUGUGGCCAGCCAUAUUCUUCAGAGAUGACUUUUCAACUUAGUUACAAGUAAUAUAAUUUUGUGUACAUAAAAUAGUAAACUAUUGUAUAGUUUCCUUAUUUCUACAAUGUGCUUUCCCUGUUUAAAAAAAAAAAAAAGAAGAAUGUUCUUUGGCUUUUGCUGACAUUGCUACCUUUAAUUUCCCAGUUUCAUUUAACUCUGCCUGCUGAUCACUGAUUUGGACCAGUCCUAAGUGAUGGACUAUUUUUUGCAAGCCUGGCCGAUAGACAGAGAUGCCUAGGGUCAGCAUAGGUGAAUGGAAAAACCACCUGAAUCUACAGCUUCAUGAGACCAUUACACACACACACACACACACACACACACACACACACACACACACACACACACACCUGCCUACAGAGUUACAGUUCAUAUUGAAAGGGGCAUAGUAAUGUAUUAAUUCUCCUGUCUAGUACUGGAGCUGAGUAUUUAGUUUCCAUGAGCAAUAUGACUGUGCAGAAAAAUCAAACACAAUUCUUUGCAGAGUCUUCAACUGAUCCUGGGAAGGGAGGACAGAGGGUGGUCCAUUGUGUGUGUUACCUUUUCUCUGUACACCAGGGCCAAAGGAAGGGACCAAGAAUACACAAACCUAGUUUUUCUACUGGAUUCCAUGUAAGAAUGAGUAAUAGAGAUAAAUCCUUCUUCUCUGGCAAAUGUAGGACUUUUCUUACUCACCUUGCCCUAAGGAUGUCUGCUUGUCUGCUUUUUCUCUUAAAUGAGCUAGUUGAAUUGGCAGUGUUGUCAAACAGAUGAUGGAGAGGGGGAUGAUCAUUUUACUGGAAUUCCUUCUGGCCUCAGAAAUGCAGCCCCAAAUAAUCCAACUCCUUAAAAGCUAUCUCCAAAUCCACCCCUCCUCCCUGCUUCCCCCACAGAAAUAUUCUAGAAUAAGAGCACUGGAUAAGUAUACUUGGACAUAUUAUUUCUAAUCUUAGGAAGUUUCUAAAAGGCCUGUUAUCCCGUUACUCGGUUGUCCCUGGUGUCCAGGCUUCUUGGAUGCAGAACUGUCAGAGGGUUUCCUUUGUGAUUUUUCUUUCUGUACACACAAGAAGGCACUAAUAAAUGCUGAAUGAUAGACAAGUUCCAGACUGACAAGAUAGGGGAGAGGAGGAGACAUCUUAAGUGGCUUUACAGAGUGAUGGCUGAGUCCAGAUUACAGAGCCUGCCCUACCUUUAGGAUGUUAUUUAGCUCAAGUUUAGCUUUUAGAGUCGAGGUCUGGUGAAUUGCCAGGGUAUCAAAGAAUUGCAUGCACCAAUAUCAACAGGAGUCAAAAUGCAUUACUAGUUGAAGAUCGAAUUUCACAUUGUAGAGAUGAAAUAGUAUGAUUAAGCUGCGUAUUUAUUCUGGGAAAUGGCUAAAGUGGGUGGCUAGUAUUAAAGCUGUUGGCCAUAAUGUAUUGUUCCCCCUCCCCCCAUCUGCUUGGAAUAUGGAAUAUAUUCUAAAAUACCAGUAGGGUCUUGUUCACUACAUGAGAAAUCUACACUUUACAGAACUUCGCAGCUCUUCACAACUUCACACAACUAUAUUUGCAAAUUCUGUCUUAAUAUAAGAUAGAAAAUAAAGCAAAACUUUGGAUCUCAA